AUGACGCUCGUGAUGCAUGUAGCAGAUUUGCCCGUCAGGGUCCAAUUGGCCCUCACCACUAUCACGACAACCACUGUCGUCGCCGCAAUCUUCGGGCUUGCCCUUCUCUAUACCGCCUCCCUUGUCAUCUACCGCCUCUACUUCCAUCCUCUUGCUGCCUACCCGGGCCCUUGGCUUGGCAAGCUCACCGAAUGGAACACGAUCCUCGCCUCUCUGGCGGGCGAGUCGACGCGCACCCGCCACGCCUGGAGCCAGCGCUACGGCCCAGGCCCCGUGCGCAUCGGGCCCAACGAGCUGCUCUUCAGCGACCUGGUGUCCGUCAAGGACAUCUACGGCCAGUCGUCGCGCCCGUGCCCAAAAGACUCGGCCUUCUACGGGCCCUUUACCGUGUGUGGCGCCCGCAAUGUCUUCAACAGCUUUGAGCGUGCCGAGCAUGCGCGCAUCCGGCGGCUGUUUGCGCAUGCCUUCUCGCUGGCCGAGGUCUCCCAGAUGCAGGGGCGUGUGGCCCCCAUCAUAGCCAGGUGUCUCGAUAGGCUGGAGGCUGCGCAGCGACAGCAGCCAGAGCGAGGCGAAGGGGACGGCGGGGACGGCGGUUCUCAGCCGGUAGAUCUCUACGAGCCCCUCUCGCGCCUCUUUGUAGACAUCAUCAGCGAGCUCAGCUUUGACGAGUCGUUUGACACGCUGGGCGGGCACCUUGUCGAAGAGGCGCGGUGGGCGGACCAGCUACAAAACAUCUCUGCGCUGGUCGGCAUGGUGCCAUUUAUUGAGUGGGUGCCAGCCGGAUUUGUGCAGGAAGCAGUGCGAGCACGGCCGCGGAUGGUGGAGUUUGCGCGGCAGCGGAUUGAGGCGUUCCGGGCACGGCUGGCCAAGGACAUGGUGAGGGAAGGGUCGUUGCUGAAGCGUGUCGUGGAGACGAGUGUACAGACGAACCUGGACAACGAAGGACUCGGAAAGACUGAGCAGGAUGAGCACCGGCUCACGCAGCCGCUGACAGACUUGGAGCUGAUGGAGAAUGCCAUUGUGUUUAUACAGGCCGGCAGCGAGACGUCGUUGAGCUCAUCGCUAUAUUUUCUGUACGAGGUUGACAAGCAUCCCGCCGUCAAGGAGAAGCUGGUCAAGGAGAUCCGAGAGGCCUGCUCGUCAGACACCGGGACAAUCCCCCGCUUUGAAAGCAUCCAACACCUGCCAUACCUCAACCAAGUCCUAGACGAGACCCUCCGCCUCCGCGGGCCCAUCCCCGUCAACCUCCCACGCAUCUCCCCAGGCAAGCAGAUCGGCGGCCACUUCGUCCCCGCCGGCACGCGCGUCUGCAACCUGGCCUACACCACGCACCGUGACCCGGCCAUCUUCCCAGACCCCGAGGUCUUCGUGCCCGAGCGCUGGGCGGCGCCCACCGAAGCCAUGAAGCUGGCGUUCCGGCCCUUCAGCACGGGGCCGCGCAACUGCAUCGGCAUGCACCUGGCGCGUAUGGACAUUAUGCUGCUGGUUUGUGCUCUUUACAACCGGUUUGAGUUGCGAUUGGACUCGGAAAGGACCACAUCUGCUAUGAUGUAUGCGCAGGAUCGCGGGGUCAUGUCGCCGCAGGGCAAGGCCAUGUUUUUUCACAUUACGCCACGAGCAAAGAAAGUAGAGUAA